CCCUAAUUUUACUUGGGGUCCACAUGGUUCAGGAGAUGUUGUGAAACUCUUGCACCUGACAGAAUUGCUCAUCACUAUCUACAGAUUGAUGCACAGCUCUAUCCUUCAUGAGGUGGCAGAAAAGACAUCACAUUCGUUUCUCAGCAGAAUAAGCACAGCUUCCUAUUACCAUGGAUAAACAGGCCACGGUGGUGUUUCGAAAUGUGGGGCAACUGUACUUCCCCCAAAGCAGAGUGGAGUGCCACUACAGUCUGACCUCUGACCAUCAGUGGAGCAGCAGUGACUGGAUAGGGAUUUUUGAGGUAGGCUGGUCUUCAUUGAAACAGUAUUACACAUAUACAUGGGCUCUAGUUCCUGAAGGCUACACUGAGGGUACCUGUGUCAACUCCUGUGUACUUUUCCAAGCAUCCUACCUGCCCCGCCCCAGUCCCAUGGAGUAUGAGUUUAUAUAUGUGGAUAAGAUGGGAGAGGUGUGUGCCCGUAGUCGCCCCUUCACUUUCCGUGCUCCAAAGCCGCUGGAGGAGCUGGAGACUCUGAGAGAGGAACAAGAUGAGGAGGACGGAGAGGAGGAGAUGCUCCUAGUCAUCCCCAGGGCUCAGCUGCUGCAGAGUCAGCUAGAGGAAUGCUUAAAAAAACAAGCGGAUAUACAGCAGGCUCUGGACAUGACAAAAAAGGAGACAGAGAAUGAGAAAAAAAACAGCAAAAAAGCAAGGAUGGAGUGGGAGCGUGAAAGAGAAGCUAUGAAGGAGGAGAUCUCAGAGCUUAGAGACAACUUGAGACACAACUGUGAGAUGUUGAAGAAGAUGGAUGGAAAACACAAGGUACAGACAGGUCAUGCCACCAGAUUUCUCGGGAAUGUGAAAUAUAGUCAGGAAAAUCUGACCUCUGAACUGAGUAAACUUAUGGCUGAAAAAGCUGAGAGUCAGCAGCGAAUCAAAGAACUGGAGGAGGACAUCAAGGUCCUGAAUGACCGGGAGAAAGAGGAAAACAUGGAACUGGAAAGGCUGAAGGACAGAGUGAAGAAAAUGUCCAGUCAAAUGAAACACGAUGAGGAAAAGAGAAAGACUCUGCAGGUGGAGAAUGAGGCUGCUCUGGUGGAGGCACGAGGGCUGCAGGAGCGUCUGGAGGCUAGUGAGCAUGUAGCUGAGAGCCUGCAUAGGGAGCUGAGAGACCUGGGCACCCGUCAGGGCCAUGCCCACACCGACCUGCACCAAGCCCGGCUGCAGGUGGCCCAGCUCACCCUGCAGCUGUCCGAGGAGAACCUGGUCCUCAGGGAGGAGCGCGCCAACUGGGCCCUGGAAAGAGAGGCAUGCAAACAUGCAGCAGAAACUGAAAAAAAGAAAUAUCAGGAACUGAGCUGUGAGGUGCAGAGGAAGGAGGAGUGGCUCCAGGAGGAGAGGAUGGAGAGGGAGAAACUAGAAGUAGAGCUUGGGCGAGAGAGAGAUCGUAACAGAGUGCUGCUGAGUGAUACUAAGCAAGAGCUGCAGGAGCUGAAAGCCAGUCUGAGGAAAGCCCAGGCAGAGAGAGAGGAGCAGCAGGUGGACAAACAGGACCUGGUCAACUACAUCCGUCAGUUAGAACAGAGGUUGGGGAUUAUGCCGGAAACUAAAUUGGACGGAGAAAUUCCCACAUGUAUCUUUCCCGGCUCUUCCUCUGAGGAUGACGAGGAUGCUUCCUCAGAUCCCCCCAGAUCAAUCUCUUCGCCUCUCUUCCUGUCCACUCACCUGGAACGGCCCAGCAGAGCCGAGAUCCCGGCUGAAACACACAUCCAGAGCAAAGAAGACACGCCAGCCUCUGACACACAGCUUCUGUCUGUUCAAUCAGGAUGUGAGGAGGCAGCAUUGUCAGAACCGAGCUGGUGCAGGGAAGCAACUGAUCCUACCAGAACUCGUCGACCCCGUCCUGAGUGAAUUGGCUGACUCCCCCAUGUGGUAACACAAAGAAGGAUGGACGGCAAGUUGCUUGUUUACCACUGCAAUGCAAGUUCAUGUGGGUCUUAAGAAAACCUAGUAGCAUUUUGUGAUUAUUCUAUUGUUGUUUUGUAGCUGUUCAUGUAGAAAAUGGCCUUCACAAAGGUCAUAUUUAUAGUGUAAAGCUUUUACCUCAUGAGUACCUGUAUUCAAAGAAAACAUUGCAAAAUUUGUAAGUCAGAAUUUGUUUUUAUUAGUGUGGCUAAUGGUUUCAUUACUUUAUAAUUAAUAAAACUCAGGAUGAACAUUAAGUGCUAAUAACACAAUUUUUGUCUGCAUAUGCCUCUCAUCUUCAUGCUCUACUUUAGACUUUCAUAUGCAGACACUAAUUGUCCAAGAAUGUCUUUUAGUUUAUUUCAGACUCCAUUUGUAAUUCCUAGAUUUUCUAGCUUUUUAGCCGGUUAAAAUUUGGGUAUGUUGCAACUGUUUUGAGAAAAGUGUCAAAUGAUGCCACGAUUAGCUUGAAAUUAAUACAUGACAUCUUGUUUUGGUGACAUUUAGCCCAUAACAUCUGCAUGUGAGUGUGAAUCCUGAAACCAUGUCAAAAGUGUGUGUGUGUGUGUGUGUGUGUGUUACAGACAAGUGUGAAAUGUUCUGCUACAGUACGUUGAGCACAGUGUCAGGUUGGAAGAACAUGAAAGUUAAUGUAUGACACUUUUGUUUAUUGAUCUUAGAGAUGGGGCUCUUUUAUAAAAUAUGAUAAUAAAUACAUGUUGAUGGCU